UUUGUAUUUUAUAUUGUUUUUAUCUAAAUGUGUUUUUCAGUAGAUAGCUAAAUUUAAUUUACUAUUUUUACUUUUUUCCACUCUAUGAAGAAGAUCAGAUUUUACAGUUUACUCUAAUCAAACGUUUACACAUCUUGAAUGUUAUCUGCUGAUUAAGUGUAUUAUAUUUUGUUAGUUUCUAAUUAUGAGUAAAAUAUCAGAAUCGGGAGUUGUAAUAGAUGGAAUUGAGGUCAAAUUCCCGUUCCAUCCUUACAGGUGUCAGAGAUCCUAUAUGGAAAACGUAAUAAAAACAAUAAAAGAAUCUAAAAAUGCCUUACUCGAGUCACCAACGGGUACUGGUAAAACUUUAUCGCUACUUUGUUCAACAAUCGCAACGCUGUUGUGGAAUAAAAUGGUCAAGAAGGUCAAGAAAACGAAAGAUGACAUAAUAAAACCAGAUGCUACAAAAGAUGUAAAGGUAAAAAAAUCCGAAGAUGGGACAGUGAAAUCUGAACAGUUAGAAAAGGAAUCAGAGAAAAGGUGGGCAGAUUUUAGGGCAGUUUCGGUUUUAGAUCAGAGGAAAAAGGUAGAAAUAAAACCAGAAAGAAUCAAGAUAAUGUACUCGUCAAGGACACAUUCACAACUUAAACAAGUAAUUGGUGAAGUUUGGAAGAGUGAUUAUUACGAAGAAUUUAACCCGAAAGGAUUGAAGGGAGUUCUAUUGGCAUCCAGAGAUCUAUUAUGUAUCAACCCUUCGAGGGGUAAGAUGACAGGAGAGGUUCUGGCGAACUUUUGCAAACAGGUGAUCCAAGAACGUAAGUGUGAGUACUUUAACACCAUGAGAGGAGAUAAGAACGCGAAGCAGUUUCAGUUUGAACGCCUUAUGGAUAUAGAGGAAAUGGUUCAAACUGGAAAGGAUGGACACUUUUGCCCAUAUUUUUCAGUCAAAGAAGGUCAGGAACAUGCAGACCUUGUACUACUUCCAUACAAUUAUAUUCUCUCACCGGACAUUAGAGAUGCUAUGGAUAUCGAUAUUAAGGAUUCAAUCAUCAUAAUAGAUGAAGCACACAAUGCGGAACAGGUGGCCGAAGAAGGAGCAUCCUUUGGAAUCAAGCAAACGGACAUCGGAAAAUUUAUUGAGGCGUUGAGAAGAUUUGCAACCUUUUAUGAUGAUUAUUUACUCAGAUGCCCAGAUAAGCUUGGAGAAAAUGAUAUCGAUUUUGUGGUUUUAAAUACCAUUGGUAUGUGCCUUCAAAAUACCGACGAGUUCCUAACCAAUAUUAUAUUGUUAAACUAUGAUAACUUUGAUACUAGGAGGGAUUCAAGAGAUCAUAUAGGAAUCCGCUGGCUAAUUAAAGAGCUCAACAAGGACCACUUGGUUUAUACAGGUGAGGAUAUCCUUAAGCAUAUGUACGAAAGUAUGGAGUACGAUAAACUAAAAGGUCUGGAUAUUGAUAAUACAAUAAACAAGGUGGUGGGAAUACUUACAAAGGGUACGGUUGAAGAUAAUGAACACGAAGAAACAUUUAUGCAACAUUAUAACGAAAGGAUGUUGAGAGAAGAUUGCACUUUGUUAACAAUGUUGAGGAAAUUCACGAGCAUUCUUUUAUCUCCAGAAGUAAACGACUACCCAGAGUACUACAAUGUCAUAAUUACAAACGACGAAAAGUUUGAAAGACUAAAGAACGGCAAUAUCGAAGAGAUUAGAGCAUUCGGAUGGAACAAGAAAUUCAAGAGGGAUGAAACUAAAUAUGAACCUACUUCAUAUCGUGAAGAUAUUCCAGAAAUCAUACCCAAGGUGUUUACAUUCAAGUGUUUACAGCCGGUACCAACGUUUGUAAGGCUGAAAAACGGUGGAGUUAGGUCAAUAAUACUCACAUCUGGAACUCUGGGACCAUUGGAAGUUUUGGAAAGGCAUUUAGGCGGAGGACAUGUCAAGUUCGACGUUAAACUCCAAAAUGAGCAUGUGAUUGACCCUUCUAGAGUGUGGGUAGGGGCAAUUAGUGGAAAUGCUGAGGAUCCAAAUAUGUUAUCUUCAACAUUUAACACCAGAAAUAAGAUGAAUUACAUCACUGAACUGGGAAAUGCAGUUUUAUCCUUUGUAAAGAAUGUUCCAGGAGGAGUAUUGGUCUUUUUCGGCUCUUACAGUGUGAUGAACUAUACAGCAUCAGUGUGGAAGAAGAUUGGCAUUUAUAGCAAAAUCGAAAUGUUCAAAAGGAUUUAUCUGGAGGCAAGGCCGGUUGAGAAUCCGGAUGAUAAGGAUGCGAUACCAGUGACGACUAUGGAAAUCUUCGAAAAAUACAAGCAGAACAUAGAUCAAGGUAAUGGAUCGGUGUUCUUUGCAAUAUGCAGAGGCAGGUUAGCUGAAGGAAUUGACUUUAGUGACGAUUAUUGCCGUGGAAUCUUUGUUUGUGGAAUACCAUACCCGAGCAGAUUCGACGAUAACACAGCACUUAAGAUGGACUACCUUGACAAACUCUCAAAUAAAACGUACGAAAAGUCAAAUUUGGCAAACGAGUGGUACACAAGUCAGGCAAUUAGGGCAAUAAACCAGGCAGUUGGUAGGUCCAUUAGGCACGAUAGGGACUACGGAGCAAUAUUGUUGGCAGACUACAGGUUCAAACACAUUCCUGUGAAACCAAACUUGAGCAAAUGGGUUUUAAACCGUCUGAAGCUUUACACUAGGAUGGAUGAAUGUAUUGAAAGCCUGAGUUCAUUUUUCGAACAGUUUGACCAGAGACCAUGUAGUCCUACCCGACUCAUAAAGAAGGCCACUCACGAGUUAACGGUGCCAAUAAAAACGGAUUAUAAUACGCAAUUUAAGUCAAGGGAGGCGAGUUUAACCAGUAAAAACAACAAUAUGCCCAUGUUUAAGUCAAUGGCGAAAUAUGCCAACUCAAAUAACAACUUCAACCACUCUCUCCUAAGUUAUGCCAGUAAACCGAAGACUUCUCAGCACAGUUUACCAGAUUUUAGACUAAAAGAUGGACCCUUUUCGUUUAAACCUCCAAAUAAGUCGAAUUUCGGCUACAGAAGUGAAAGACCAGCGAAUCUUGAAGAUUCAAACACACCAAGGAAGUUUUAUGGGAUAUAACUUUCUAAAAUGCUCUGAUAUCAUUUUAAACUAAUAAUAUAGUAAGAUAUAUA